AUGAGUGAGAAAGUCAGAAUGUUAAAUGUCCCAAGAAGAAAGACUGAUGAGUUCUACCGUUAUAAAAUGCCAGAUUUAAUUCAUAAAAUUGAAGGUAAAGGAAAUGGUAUUAAAACAGUUAUUGUUAAUUGUGAGGAUAUUGCAAAUGCGUUGGAUAGACCAGCAUCAUAUUUGUGUAGAUAUUUUGGUAUUUCACUUGCAGCAGCUACUAAUACUGAUUCAGGAAAAUAUAUUAUUAAUGGUAAACAUGAAUAUAAAGAUCUUAUGAAUGUAUUAGAUAAAUUCAUUGAUAAAUUUGUUUUAUGUAAGAAAUGUGAAAAUCCAGAAACUGUUAUGAUUGUUAAAAAUAAAACACUUACAUUACAUUGUAAAGCUUGUGGUGAAGCAACUGUUGUUCCUAAGAAUGAAAAAUUAUUGAAAUUUAUAUUUAUUCAUCCUCCAAAACAUGAGAAAGAAGAAGAAGAAGACGAUGAACAAACUAAUGAAGGUGUUGUUGAAACUAAAGAAAAUCCAUUUGAUAAAAGAACAGUUAAAAUCACAUUAAAACUUAAAAAUGGAGAAAAAGAAGAACUUAGCAUUGUUGGUAAAGAUUUCGAUUUAAAGAAAAUUAUUAAUGAAGGACAUCCAGGAAAUAGACUUAAUGCUCUUAUUGGAGGAUAUAAGCAUUGUUAUAAUUUGAGUACAAAGACAUUAAUUCGAGAGAUGUUUGAAAUUAUUUUUGAUGCAAAUAUGUUUGAUAACUUUGCUGAACAAAUUGAUUUCUUUGAUUUGUUCUUAGGAGAUGAAUUAAAUCCUCAAGGAAUGAUUUCAUUCUUAGAAGAAUUCAACGUUGCAUGUGCAAAAUAUAAAUUGUAUAAUGACCCUCGUUUACUUAAUAUUUUGUUAUACUUAUAUAAUAAUGGUUAUGUGAUCAAAUCUGCUAUGAAAGAAUGGUAUGAUGGUGGUGCUGUCCAAAUGUCUCCAAUGAAACAAAAAGCUAAAGAGUUCAUCGAAUGGUUAAAUGACCAAGAAGAGGAGGAGGAAGAAGAGGAAGAAGAUGAUGAAUAA